AUGGGAAAAUCAUCCAAGUUCUACAAGAAGCCCUCGCUCAAGGAGAAGCAGGCGGCUCAGGGCAAACUGCGAUCUUCAACAUCCUCUGCUGCAACCAGCUCGAGUGCGCCAGUGUUCAAACAGGUUGCUGUGCAAAAAGCCGCACUUACUGGCCUGGCGCUCGAAAAGAGACAGGCUCUCGAGAAAAAGUCUCGUCAGAAGGAAGAGGCGACUCGUGCUGCGAAACCUGUCUUCCGACAAGCAGCCGCUGCGUCAACGCCAACCACUGCAUCGAGAUACGAGCAGGACGAUGAAGACGAAGGUGACGAUGAUAUGGUUGGGGGUGAUGUUGAAGUGAUCAAGAGGCGUCCACGCAACCGUCAGAGGAAGGAUUGGGGUCCCAUGCCCAAGGAGAUGGGCAUCGAUUACUUGAAGCAAUGGAAUUCUCGCCGCUCUUGA